GGGGCGGCUCGGCGGCGGGUCUGCGGGCCGGGCGGGCCCCAUGGGCGGGUGUGUGGGCUCCCACCACGACUCCUCGGGCAGCCUCAACGAGAACUCGGACGGCACCGGAGUUGCUCUCGGUCGUAAUCAGCCCUUGAAAAAAGAGAAACCGAAAUGGAAAAGUGAUUACCCCAUGACAGAUGGACAGUUGCGCAGUAAGAGAGAUGAGUUUUGGGACACAGCACCAGCUUUUGAAGGUCGCAAGGAGAUUUGGGAUGCCCUCAAGGCUGCAGCGCAUGCUUUCGAGAGCAAUGAUCACGAACUGGCACAAGCAAUCAUUGACGGUGCAAACAUAACACUACCACAUGGUGCUCUUACAGAGUGUUACGAUGAACUGGGCAACCGGUACCAGCUUCCCGUCUACUGCCUCGCCCCACCUAUCAACAUGAUAGAGGAGAAGGGCGACCUGGAGACUCUGGAUAUUCCUGAUCCCCCACCCAAUUCAGGGCACGAAUGCCAGCUUCGUUUGCGCCUCUCCACAGGCAAAGACCUCAAACUCAUGGUCCGCAGCAUGGACACGGUGUACCACAUGAAGAGGCGGCUGCACGCGGUGGAGGGAGUGGAGCCAGGCAGCCAGCGCUGGUUCUUCUCGGGCAGGCCGCUGGCAGACAAAAUGAAACUGGAGGAGCUGAAAAUCCCAAAGGACUACGUGGUGCAAGUCAUCGUGAGCCAGCCCUUAGCAAAUCCCACCCCGGUGGAAAACUGAUUUCUGCUUGUUUAUUGAUUCUUCUUUCCUCCGUCUCUGUCAUGGGGUUUGUUUUCACUGCCCUCUCUUCUUUUGGUUUGUCCUGCUAAUGGAUUGGUUCCAAGAAAUGACCAGCAAAAAUUCCAUCUGUGAUGGAGAUCUGCAAAAACAAAACAUAAAAAUGUAAACUGGCCUUUGGGGUUUGCCUGAUCUCGUAUUUAACACAACAGCAAGCAGCACAGGGCAAGGGCAAAGGAAGGAGCAGAAAGGGGAAGGGAAAAGAGAGGAGGUACAAAGAGGGAGGGAAGAGGUUGUCAUUCGCUUAAACAAUACAAAUAUGUAAUGAUUCUUAAAACUGUAGGUGGUGUCCUGAUAUGUGGAGCCAGAGCAAGAGAGCACUUUUAUUUAAAAAAAAAAAAAAAAAAUUAAAAACUUAAUCAAUUUAUAAAAUUUCAUAUCAGCACCACAUACAGUUCAUGCAAGAAUCACAGCUGCUCUGAAUAGGUCCCACGCUGCCUGUUCACAGGGAUCCUUUCUAGUUUGACCUAACUCGCGUGCUUCGCCCAGGCACUGCCGAGGCACAACCGGCCCCGGGCAGCCCCUGGGCUGGGGGCUCGGUCUCCAUCCCGCGCGGGCGGCUCCUGGUGAUGCUCAGACCAAGCAAUUGUACAUUCCAAGAUGGCAAUGCAGUCCUGUGCCAUUGCUGGCUCCCGAGCUGGGAACGUAGCCUGCCGGAGCCUUAGGCAAUAAUUUAGUCAAUGUAUACUCUCUCGUACUGUACUGUAUACUUACUUGCUACAAGACUGACUUAGCCUGAAGUUUACUGGCUGACCGGCACCUGAGUAUGUGCCUGCUGAAUUACUGUAUAUCACUCAGACCAUUAAAACGAGCUUUGAUCAGGCUAACUAAAGUGAGUGAUGCACUGGUCUGUGCUUAACGGUUGGGUGCAUCACCGUCAUCAAAUGGCACCAGUGUAAUAGGUCCAGGUUAAACUGCAAUUACACCUACAUGCAAUGGAUUGCAGCUUCCCCUCUAUUCCUAGAGGACACAAAGCAUGGAAGAUGGUAAGAAGGACACGAUAGCACACGGUUUUCAGCUUUUCCUGUGACUGUCAUUUGAAACAGCAGCCAGUCUUCUAGCUCUGGUGACUCUCCAGCCAGGACAACUGGAGGUAUCCUCACCGACACGCACCCACGGCCCAGAGCGUGACGGUGGUGUUUCACAGCCAGUGCUUUCCCUUCAGAAUGUAAGAGGAACCCUUUUGGCAAACGACAAAUCCUUUUGUAGUCUCAAAAAUCUGAAUCAGAGCAUAUUUGUGGGGCAGGGGAGCAGUCGAAUUGCUUGUUCCCUCAGUCAGAGAUGCUCUCUGUUUUCCUUUGGCUGCUCUGCACCCCUGUCUGGUGAUGCCUUUGGUGGAGAUUGAAUGCCCUGUUCCUUUUACACAGUUUCUAGUUUGCUUGGGUUUUAAGCCAUCAUUGAAAUGACUUGACUUCUUCCAAAACUAUUGGUUUCUGUCUUCCCUCUCUGAAUGAUCGGUCUAAAGCUACAGUUGUCCCAGCUCUUUCUUGUCUGCUAGUGAAACUGGUGGGUUACAUUGACAAUUUUAAACUUGUUACUUUUGCUCCUUCAUUAAUUCCAUAGAACUCGGUUUCUUGGACUCGAAGGGAGUUCUUGCUCCAUGAGCAUCAGCAUCGAGCCAGAAUGAGCAGGGGUCGCUUGCACAACAUCACAAGUCUUUCCCAGCACGUGGAAGCAGGCGCAGAAUUUACAUUGAUGAUUGGAAAACGGAUCCACAUUUUGUAUGCGUUUCCCACCCUACUCCGAAUAGAUAUAGCUUUCUUUUUAGUCCCUGUGUUGUAUUAAGCCUAUGGUUUUCUGACAGUUCCUUUAGCCCCGAUUUGGUACAGGAUGACUGAAGUGCAGUGGCAGAGUAGCUCCCUGUUCUCAUAAACACCAAAGUGACUUGGUUUUCUUUUUUUUUUUUCUUUUUAAAGAUUAAAUCAAAGCUGAUAAAUACUAAUCUAUAACAAAAGUUUUCUAUUGUGGAGGUUUUUUUUAAGACAAAUAUGAUUUACUAUACUGGGUUUUUGCAGCCAGAUCUUUUGCAUUCCAGAGGGGGAAAAAAAUAUUUGAUAUAUAAACAACUCAAAAAUCUCUUGGAUUUUGCAGGGCAAAGGAUGGUUUCAUACCAGGAAGACACUACUUGUCUUGUAAGGCAUAACUUACAUGUCUGUAUAAACAGUCUUUACAAUGUCAUUUCCCUGCAGUCCCUUCUGGAACAGGGGGAAUCGUGAUAGAUUAAGAAGGAGCAAACCAGAGUGACAGUUCUGUAGCUGUGAACACUAAAACACUACUUUUUUUUUUUUUUUGGUAGAAUACAUUUUGUUGAUUUUUUUUCUUUUCUUUUUCUAUUUUUGUUCAGGCUAUUGUCACUAUGUACUGUUUUUGAGAUUACAGCGUGUAGGGUCUGGGAGAGCUCCUUCUUUCUCUCUCCCCUCUCUUAGUUGGAAAAGGUUCAGUUAUAUCAUGCUGUAAUAGAUGACCAUGCUUUAUAUUAAUUGCUUUUGUGUCAGGGAGCAAGGUGAUGAUCUGAAGGCCAUUUCGUGAGUGGGCUUUGAGUAGAACAGAGAAUUGGCUCAUGAAAAUACUCUUUUCUCUAACAGCCUCCCCCACCUCCUGUCCCUUAAGCACAUAUCUAAAACUGAAAAAACUCAAUGGUAAAAUGCUUUGAUAGGUGAAAGUGAGACUUUUCAACCUCUUCUGUAUAAAAUGACAGAUGUACUAAGCACAUACCCUGCUGGAAACAAAUUUUAAAAGAUUUGUAUUGGGAAAGAAUUCUAAGUUUUGAAAUAUAUAUAUAUAUAAAAAAUCAGUAAUGAAGGCAUACAGCAUGUUGACUAACAUAUCCCAUGUAUAUAGACUAGAGGUUGCAAUAUACAUUGAGAGAACAGUCAUUUCUGUCUCUGAAAUGCCUUGUCUUUAUCCUACGAGAUGGUCUUCGGUGCAAAUGCCAGUGCAGGGGACUGGGCUGGGGCUCCCGUGGGACUCAUGUGGGUGUCUGGGCAGAGCAGAGCUCCCCGCGUGCCUGGAGGAGGGAGGGAAGGAGGGAGGGAAGGCUGGUUUAAUUGCAGAGCAGAGUAGGCAUGGCUGAAGUGAGACUAACCAAGUACUAAGCUGCUGUUUAGCUGGCAGCCCUGGUGGGAAGGACUGGUGCAGGUCUGCAUGGUGGACACCAGUGGCUGCUCACGGGGAGGAUGGAUAGAAGCACACUGGUGUGUGCAUCUUCGUUUUGCAGCAUGAGUGUGUGUUGAGCUUGCAGCUCAACGCUGCUGGCAGCAUGGCCUGGGCUGGGGUUUGGCAUGCUAAUUGGUGUGCUGCCCCGCACCGUGUGGUGUCUUGGGUAUAAUUGAAGCAAUGCAACAGGUUUUUUAACGCGUGCAGCUAUGAACUGCAAUGCCAAGUACAGACAAGUGAGGAGUAAUAGGAUUUUUUUUUUUUUUUAUUUCUUAGACCCAUCAGCUCUUUGUGUCAUUCGUAGCUCUGGCUAUGGACUGAUGCCAGUAGAUAACAUUUUUUUUUACCAUGUUAGUGACAGGUCUGUUUGAUGUGAUUCAGAUUUUUAUACUCUUUAUUGUUGCUUCUGUCUGACCCAGAAGUGAUAACCUAGUGAAGUUCCACACUCCUGAACAGCUUGAAGGGCAGAGAGGCAUGAACACACACAGUCUGCUGGGGCGAGGGAGCUCCAGAGAAGCCACAGAUGCUGUAGGUACGUUGCUCAGUGCACUACGGAAGGAUGCUCAGGGUCGUCUUCCACAACCAAGUGACAGCUGCUCCUUCAGAGCAUCCAGCUCCCAAAAGUUUCAUUGACUACCAUGGCUCUUUGUGCAUCACAGUUUACUGGUAUCCUCUGCAGAAGACACAGCUUGGAAUAGCUGCAUUGUGAGAACUUUUUUAGAGUUUUCUGAAAGCCUUUGCUUCUCUGGAUCUGGAAAAUAUUUUGGAAAACUAAAUGAUGUGAGUCAGCAGUGUAAUAAAUUGGGUUUUUUAAUAGACACCCCAAUGCUAAAAGUAGUAACAACAACAACAACAAAAAAAACUCACCCUAGGAGCAACCAAACAAAACUCAGCUCCUCUUUGCCUUUCACAGAAAGUUCCUAAGUUGCUUUGGGAGGAGAGGAAAGAGCGAUUCAUUGGAGCAACAAGGCAACACAUGGCAAUGUGCAUAACCUUUGGUAGAGCAGAUGGCCAACUGAUAAAAUAUUGCUGUAGUAUGACAUGCUUCUGCAUAUAUAUCCAUUGUUAGUAAAUACUGUAAAAACUUUUUAAAAACUAUUAAAAAAAACAAAACAACUUUGUUACAAUGGUGGGAUGCUUUUAGCCAUGGAGUUUUGAAAGCAUUUUCGCUGUGUUAAGUGUUGACAAAACGAAUGCUGUACGUUCUCCGUUUCUAUCUUCAGAAGCCUAAGUGGUAGCUACAUUUCUGACUCUUGAUCUAUAUUUUACAAACUGUUUUCUAUGUCACUGUACAUACAUCCAAGACCCUGCACCUUAUGCAGAGAAUGUUUACAUUUAAAAAAAAAAAAAAAAUUUGUUGGCUUUUUCACUGCGCUGCUCAGAUCUGUUCUGUUGAAAUGAAAGUAGCCUCUGUUAGAAAAAGGAGCUUUUUUUCCUUUGCCCUUCACCACUUCCCCCGUAAUUCUGACUCCCUCCUGGAUGAUGGCUGGCAGCUCUUGGACAGCUUGCGCUCUCCUGGAGUAGGAUGUAGAGGUAUUUGAGAAAGGCGUUUUUGAAAACUUGCUUUGGGUGGGGGGCUGAGCUUUGUAUGCUCUGUAACUUUCUUGGAAAAAGAAAAAAAAAUCUGCUUCAAAUCCACUAGAUGUUGGUGGUCUGCCUUGCAAGUUAAGUGAUCUAGGAAGCCUUGGAGUUAAACUUUCCAGCAACUGUGCUUCUGUCUUCUCCCAAAGAAGAUGAAUGUCCUGCUAUUAUAUCUGCAGCUACAAACACUUCUGUUGGUUAAUGACUGUAUAUACAAGUCUGCCUGCUUUAAAACUUUCCUUUUCAUAAAGUGUUUUUGAUUGCUCUGUUCUGCAAAUGGCUCUCCUCUUCCAUAUUUCAUCUGCUUAGAUACUCCGUAGCCGCGUGUGUGUUGCUCUUGUUCAUAGGAAAUGGAGCUAUAGCUCUCCUUCCAAGGGAGAUACAUGCCACUGAGCCUACAAAAGUCAAAUAGUUGGAAGAUGAGAUGUUUUAACCAGCGGGCUUCUUACCGUGGACUUUGAGACUUUUAAUAAAUGUGUCCACUGGACUCUCCAUGAAAAAGUACGUUCCUGCCCUCCAACCAGGACCACCUGUUGGGUAUUUAUCCGGUAGAACUCGGUAUUUGUAUACUUUACAGAUGAAGACCAUUUGAUCAGAGCCAUGGGGCAAAUAGAGAACUUAAAAUCCUGACUCCUGCCUUAAAACUUUUAGUUCAUCUUGAGCUCCAAAAAUUCUGCACCUGCUUGUUCCCAAGUCCCUUUUUUCUUUAGGAAAUUUGAAUCCAGUCAAAGGCUGGAGACAAUUUAAGGAAAUUUAAAACAAAAUAAAUUUUAGCUGAUGGCUUUAUUAAAAUAACUAACUGGUCUUGUAUUAAAAACCCUAUUUGUGCCUCUCAAGUCCAGGGAAUGUUUAAAAAGUGGAGGUGGCUUUUGAGCAAUGAUUGAAAUGACUGCAUUAGCUGGCAAUUUGUAAGACACUUGCUUUCAUAUGCUCUGAGCAAGAGACUUCAGUUUGUGUCCUCUCUGCCUCAUGGUAAUGGCUUUCAAAGAUGGCUGGUACCAUCAAAUUUGUACUUCUUGAAUAAAUAUCUUCAUUUUUAUGGUAAAA